CCACGGCACAGUCAAGUUAACAACUUGCCCCCCUUUGUAGUGUAACUGUGAAAUUAGAACACUCGACUACAAAACCCAUUUCUAAAACCGAGGCAGAGAAAUCCAUCAAUCUCAACAAUAAAAGAGAAACAGAGCAUCAUCACCAUACCCCACAACAUGAUUACAAACUAAUUUCCCCUGAAAUCUGCACAACUAUCCUCCUCAUACGUGCGUUACCAUUCCAAAAGAGCAUAAUUCUCUUCAUAUAAAUUCACAUGUGCAGAGCUGGCCCGAAGAAAUUCUUGCACUGCGAGGCUCUCUGUUUUUCCCUGCAUGCAGUUCUCAGCGACGAUGGGAAAGCAGUGCCCCCACUUGUACAUGUUCAUCUUUCUCCUAGUUAUCAUGAUGCUUCACAAUCUCACCCAUGGCUGGCGAAAGGACCAGGCCGCCCAGCUCAGGGCCUUUCGCCGGGGCAAAAUGAGGACGGCUGCCGCGGAGGAGGACAAAUGGGAGGUGGCUGCCGCCGGGGGUGGGUUUUAUGAUGAUGGUGGAAAAAUGGAGGACGAUCUCAUAAUUGAUCUUCCUGGCAUGCCUUCAGCUGGGGUUACGUUCAAACAGUAUGCAGGGUACGUUACUGUGGAUGAAUUAAAAGGGAGAAGCUUGUUCUAUUAUUUUGUUGAGGCAAUUCAUGAUCCGUCUUCUAAGCCUCUCAUUCUCUGGUUAAAUGGAGGGCCGGGGUGUUCGUCAUUUGGGGUAGGCGCCAUGGGUGAUUGGUCCAUUAUCAUAUGGGGGGGGUGGACAAAGUUAAGCUCGAGACCGGCAAACCCUGUUUCUAAGGCACCAUGGCUUGGGGGGGGGAAGAGAGUUGCGAAUGUGUUGUUUGUGGAAUCUCCUGCUGGCGUUGGAUUUUCCUACUCCAAUACUACCUCUGACUACAACUUGUCUGGUGACAAACGCACGGCUGAGGACACAUACACAUUCUUGAUGAGGUGGUUUAAAAGAUACCCACUCUACAAGAAUCGAGAUUUCUACAUCAUGGGAGAAAGUUAUUCAGGUUUUUACAUUCCAGAGCUGGCAGAUACCAUUAUCAAGAGAAACAUGGUCUCUUCAUCCUCAAUUAUCCAACUUAAAGGAAUCAUGAUAGGGAAUGGGAUAAUGAACGAUGCUACGGAUCAUAAGGGAGUGUAUGAUUAUGUAUGGAGCCAUGCAUUGAUUUCGGAUGAAACCCAUCAAGGACUGGUGGAUCACUGCAGCCAAAACUACAGCAGCCCAACGUGCGAGGAUUACGAGGAAAGGAUUGAAUCUGAGGUUGGCCCAAUUGAUUUCUACAGCAUCUAUAGCCCUGUUUGCUCUGCAGAUUAUUCCUCAGAGUACUCUUCUUCCUCCUCCGCCUCGAGGAGGAGAGAACGCCAUGCUGCAGAUCAGCAUAUUGCUGCAGGGUUUGAUCCCUGUGAUGGAGAAUACGUUCAUGCUUAUGUCAAUCUUCCUCAAGUUCAGAAACUUCUACAUGCCAACACCACCAACCUCCCUUACACUUGGGAGUUCUGCAGUAGAAUGAUAGGGAGUGAUAAUUGGAUGGACAGCCCAUCAACAAUGUUCCCUGCGUAUAAAAGACUCAUCGCGCAUGGCCUUAGAAUUUGGCUUUACAGUGGGGAUGUAGAUGCAGUUGUUCCAGUGUCCAGCACUCGGUACUCCAUCCAUGCCUUAAACCUCACUGUCACUAAACCUUGGCAGCCCUGGCUUGAUGAUCUUAACCAGGUGGGAGGGUAUAGAGUGGUGUACGAGGGCCUAACUUUCAGCACAGUCAGAGGUGCAGGGCACGAAGUCCCAAGACUCCAGCCCCGCAGGGCUUUAUCUCUUUUGAAGCACUUCUUAUCUUUCAAUUAAUUAAUUAAACUCAACCCUCUUUAAUUACUUAAUUUGUUACUUUAAUCAGUAUCAGCUUGCUACCUAGCCCUGUUUCUGUUUGGAUUUUAAUUUCCUUACUCAACA